AGCUGAGUUGAGGUUGAAUGCAGAAAAAUGGCGCAAUACUAAUAUAAUUGAUCCCACUGUCAGAGGUCUCUUCUUUCUAAUUUUGGUUGGCCAUGGAGGCUCGUUUUAAAGGAUCGUUCAUAUCCCCUACCUUGCUAAUCUUCUUCUUCUUCUUCCUGGUUGCACCUUCCCCAGUAGAAUUGUCAAAUGUAUCAUCACUUCGGGGAGAGCUGAAAGGUCUUUUCCCCUCAUAUGAUUGUCCGCAAUGCAUUAAUAGAAAGGAACAUGGUCGAAUUAGUGCUGCUCGUCCUGAUGAGAAAAAUAUUGGCAUCCUUGUAACAUAUACUGAUGCUAAUGGUGCUGUUAGAACUAGGAGCAUAAACUCCAAGGACUUGUCAACUUCAUGGAUAUGGAGGUAUCCUAGUGAUGAGGAUGGUGAUCACAAGAAGAGUUCCAAGGAAGUGGAAGGGAAGUCUCAGAAACCGGAUAAACUUGAGGGCACUAUUGAUCACUCUAAUGGAAACAAAAAUCAGUAUGGAGUUGUUGUGGAGCAUAAAUCAGCAUCUGAGCUGCAUCCAAUCAAACUGAAGCGCCAGAGGCUAAGAAACGAAAGAAGGGAACGGCGGACUGCAGAGCUGAUCGAACAAGAUAAGGAAAUUGAAAACCAAAUUCAAGACGCUGCUGUUGAGCGAGCUAAAGAGCUUGACACAACUAGCAAGGGUAAAUACAAUAUAUGGAGGAAAGAAUAUGAAAACCCUAAUGCUGACUCUACCCUUAAACUUAUGCGUGACCAAAUCAUCAUGGCAAGAGCGUAUGCUACCAUUGCAAAAGCUAAGAAUGAAGAUUCUCUGUAUGAUUCUUUGAUAAAUCAUUCUAGAGAAAGCCAGCUUGCAAUUGGAGAAGCCACUUCUGAUUCUGAACUUCAACCAAGUGCACUUGACCGAGCAAAGGAUAUGGGCCAUGUUUUAGCUGCUGCAAAGGAUCAACUAUACGAUUGCAUGACACUAGCAAGGAAACUAAGAGUCAUGCUUCAGUCGGCCGAAAAUGGUCUAAAUAUGCUGAAGAAAAGGAGUGCAUUCUUGAUACAGCUGGCUGCUAAAACUGUUCCCAGGCCUUUGCAUUGUCUUCCUUUGCUUCUCACGACAGACUUCUUUAUACGUCGAUAUGAAGAGAGAGAAUUUCCGAACAAGGAAAAGCUUGAAGAUCCUUCUCUGUUCCAUUAUGCAAUAUUUUCUGAUAAUGUACUUGCCACAUCUGUUGUUGUAAACUCUACUAUACUGCAUGCGAAGGAGCCUGAAAAGCACGUUUUCCAUAUAGUGACAGAUAAAUUGAACUUCCCAGCUAUGAAAAUGUGGUUCCUUGUCAAUCCUCCUUCUGCUGCAACAAUUCACGUUGAGAAUGUCGAUGACUUUACAUGGCUAAAUUCUACUUACUGCCCUGUACUACGUCAGCUUGAAUCUGCUAGAAUGAUAGAGUAUUAUUUCAAGGCACAUCAGUCGAACUCCCUUACAUCUGGCACCGACAAUCUUAAAUAUAGGAACCCAAAGUAUUUGUCAAUGCUGAAUCAUCUUAGGUUUUACCUUCCUAAAGUAUAUCCAAAGCUGGAGAAAAUCUUAUUUCUGGAUGAUGAUAUUGUAGUUCAGAAGGAUCUGACACCUCUUUGGUCUGUCAACCUACAAGGGAUGGUCAAUGGUGCCGUGGAGACAUGCAAAGAAAGCUUCCAUAGAUUUGAUAAAUAUCUUAACUUUUCUAACCCGAAGAUAUCUGAAAACUUUGAUCCAAAUGCCUGUGGAUGGGCUUUUGGCAUGAAUGUCUUUGAUUUGAAGGAGUGGAGGAGGCGCAACAUUACAGGAAUAUAUCAUUAUUGGCAAGAAAGGAAUGAGGAUAGAACACUUUGGAAACUUGGCACCUUACCUCCAGGGUUAAUAACUUUCUAUAACUUGACUCAUCCUUUGGAUCGGAGCUGGCAUGUCUUGGGUCUUGGCUAUGAUCCCGCCUUGAACAAAUCAGAAAUACAAAAUGGGGCAGUUGUUCACUACAAUGGAAAUUACAAACCAUGGUUGGAUCUUGCAAUUGCCAAGUACAAAGCUUAUUGGUCUAGAUAUGUAAUGUUCAAUAAUUCAUACCUUCAACUUUGUAACAUCAGGGAAUAGUAAAUUCAUGUUUUUGCAA